AUGGCCACCCGAUCAAACGUCGAUGUCACGCAAAUCGCGAGUCUAGCCCACCAGCUCCAGCAGUCGCCUCAGGAAGAGCAAGAGGACGGCGCGAAUGGCCUCAAGCGCAAAGCCGGCGACGAUGGAGGGCAACCGCAACAGCGCGCGCGACGGAAUCGCUACGUCUCCAUUGCCUGCAAUGAAUGCAAGCGGAGGAAGAUUAAGUGUAAUGGCCAGACGCCGUGCCAGCGCUGCGGAAACUUGAACCUCGAAUGCGUCUAUGCGCCGAAUUGCUGCAGUGGCUUCAAGGACUCUCAAGAAUAUAGGGAAAUGUGCAACCACAUAGCCGUUCUGCAAGAGCAAGUCAACCAGCUAUAUGAGGGCUUCAAUGCUUUGCGCGUACAGAUGAAUCACAUGGGUGGGCACACAGGACAGCAGCAUCCACACACCCCCAUAGACCCAUCUUUACAGUCUGGAGCACCAUACCCUUCUCACCGUGGAUCUUACCCGGGACACCAACCCUCGCCCGGCGCUCCAACAGCUACCAUGUCUCCCAACUCAGCGCGGAGGAAGAGCCAGUCCCAAGCCCAGCAACCGAGCUUUCGCGGACCUACCAGCAACGUUUUCAACCUCGGCGUAGCGAAGAGUAGCCUUGAGACCAUGGGAAUCACUGGGCAGGGUGAGGACGCUGGCGGCAGUGGAGAUGCGGGUACAGGCACAGCUGAAGUAUCUCCUCAGAGGUCACCAUUGUAUGGUAAUGCACAGCUGCUGCCGAGCAUUCACGGAGACAAGGAUCCAAUCUGGAGCAUUCCUCAAGAAGAGGCGCUUCGACUGUGUAGAGUCUAUGAGGAUGAGAUGGGGCUGAUGUACCCUGUCGUAGAUGUCGACAAAGUCGUGAACUACGCGACGAAAUUGUACCGUUUCAUGGAAGCAGCACGUCGCUCUGGCCUAAUGCAACAGGGCAUGCCCGGAGCUGAUUCAAUAGACGACGAGGAUACGAACAUCCUCAAGAUGGUAAUUGCGACUGCUUUGACUGUUGAGGCUUCUGGCCGGAGCGAAGUCGGCCAACGCAUGUUUGAAUACGUGCAACCGGCGAUCGAUCAGAUGCUCCUGGGAAACAUCGCCGUCAAAGCAAUUCGACUGCUCGUGAUGACGGUGAGUACUAAUGCGCAGCAUGACGUUUGAGCAGGUCCCUUCUAAUUUUUCAUAGGCAAUGUAUGAAUUUCAUCGCGACAACGAGGGAACAUCCUGGCGCCUCAUUGGGCUCACUGCGCGACUGUGCAUCGAGUUAGGCUUGCACAGGAAAGAGACCUACGAUGCCAUACAGGACGACGGUGAUCGGUCUGACACCAUGCUCCUCUUCUGGGCCAUCUACGUGUUGGACCGCAGAUGGAGCUUCGGCACCGGCAUGCCGUUUGCUCUGCAGGACUCAGACAUCGAUCCUCAGCUCCCAAAGCCAGAAGACCGAUCGCCGUAUUUGAGUGCUAUGAUCCAAUAUUCCACCAUCAGCAGCAAGGUGUGGAAGUCUGUUGCGGCCCCAGGAUCCGACGCUCGGAAUGGAAUACCCAUCAAUGUUGACGAGAUGAACUACCUCGAUUACCAAGUCGUUCAAUGGCUUCAAAACAUACCUGCGCAUCUUCGCUUCGAGCACCCGAGCAAGGCUGGAAGCGUUUCGAUGCAGAGCGGACCGGCAUCUUCUCGUGCGGGCAACCGGCUACGGAUCCUCCUCUAUCUACGGGCAAAUCAGAUGCGAAUUUUGAUAUUCCGGCCCGUGCUACACUCAGCGACCUCCAUCAUACAGCAUCGUGAUCAAGCCCAGAAGGUCGCGGACGUGGCAAAGGACACUGUCCGUGUCUUGACUCACAUCAACCAAACAUCGGAUCUAUAUCGCACACAACAAGUCCUUUUCAACGCAUUUUUGACCUCGGCCUUGGCUGUCUUAUUUCUGUCUGUCAGCCAUACGCCGGUGUUGUUUGCGGACAGCGUACGGGAAGAGUUCUAUAUGGCUCUUGAACUCAUUCGCGGCUUCUCCAAAGGUAGCUGGGUGAGCAAGCGGCUGUGGAGGACGAUACGGGUCUUGAAAGAGGUUGGGCCAAAACUGGGUCUGACCAGAAAGGACCCGAACAGCGCAUCCACGCAGCCGCGUGCCACAGCCAAGGAUGAUCUCGAAUCGAGUCGUUCGGCAGCAGUAGCCAUGGCAGGUCUCGCUGGACAUAAUGUGGAUGAAAUGUCCUUGUAUAAUGGUGCGCCGCACCAGUCCCAGUAUCUGGGGCAUUUAGGAGCGUCGAGCAGCCCUGAAGGUAUGGUGCAUGACCUGACGAGCUUGUUCGAGGCGGCUGGUGGCUACCAUCACAUGGGAGCGAACGGCACUCAUGAUGGCUACGUUGCAGACGGCAUUGAAGACCAUGGUGAAGAGGGGCUGUCGCAUAUUCUGAAGGAGUUGUUUUAG